UGGGAUUGUUCAGUCUGGAGAAGAGGAGGCUCACAGGUGAUCUUAUCGCUCUCUGUGGGAUGCAACACUCAGAAAGAAAGAUAUUCCCAAACUGAUAAUGGAAGAUGUUUCCAAAAAGCACCGGGAUAAUGCUGACAGAAGAGGAAUAAGGGAAAGUUUGAAAAGGCAUUCCUGAAGCAAGAAGAGGAGAACGCAAAACCCAAUUUCUACAUAACGCACUAAUGAAAAUCUACAGUUUACUACUGAAGACACAGAGGAAAUACAUGGGCAAUUAGAGGUGUUUUAAUCAGAGAAGAGGAAAGGCCUGUGCACUAAUGUCAAAUGUAGAGCAUAAAGGGUGGACGGGAAUGAAGGGGAAGGUACAGCGAAUUACGAACAGGAGAAGGAGGUAAAAUCUGAAACAUGGGUGGGUGCUGUGGGGGCGGACAGCCCAUGGUGACGUCCCUGAGCAACAGGCUGUGGCAUCACCGGGCGACGGAUUGUGACUGCUUAGCUCGCACUGCUCAUACCGGGGUGCUGGCAGAGCCUGGCUCAGUCUGGCUCGUUCCUGGACCCUGCUGAGCAGCUCUGCGAGGCUUGGACGUCGAGCAAGGUUUUGGCUGUGCUGUGCCGGGUCGUGCCUGGGGCUGCUAGCAGCAUCUCAGUGCCUGAUCCCACAGCAUCGCUUCUGUUUCCCUGGCCCUGCCUAGAGCAGGCAGCUGGGGCCCUACUGAGCACACCCGCAGCAGCGGAGGUGAGUGGUGUGGGGAUGCAUGGGUCCCCUGGGGCAGCUGCAGGGAGUUACAUUCACAUCUUUAGUAUUGAACCUCAUCCUGAGCCUCAGUAGACAAACCCUGAAACUGCCUUUUGCUCAGCGGCCUGUGUCGUGCCUGGAAGCCCAGAUGACUGCGAGGCAAGGGCAGACCUCCCCCAGGAGACCUCCAUGCCAGCUGGGGAAGGGUCUGGAGAACAAGUCUUGUGAGGAGCGUAGAGGGAAUGGGAGUUACUUAGCCUAGGGAAAAGGGGAGUCAGGGGAGACCCUACCGCUCUCUACAGUUACCUCAGAGGAGGUAGUACGGAGGUGAGGAUCGGCCUGCUCUCCCACAAAACAAGUACAGGACAAGAUGAGAUGGCAUCAAGUUGCACCGGGAGAGGUUUGGGUUGGAUGUUAGGAAAGGUUUCUUUACUAAGAGGCUUGUGAAGCAUUGGAACAGUCUGCCCCCAGGGAAGUAGCCGAGUCCCCAUCCCUGAAGGAAUUUGAAGGACAUGUAGAUGUGGUCCUUGGGGACGUGGUUUAGUGGUAGCCUUGGCAGUGCUAGGUUAACGUUGGGGCUUUAUGGUCUUAAGAGGUCUUUUCCAACCGAGAUGAGUCUAUGAUGUCACUCCACAAUAGGCUGUGUCAUCACUGGGUGAUGGAUUAUGACACAGAAGUCCUCACUGCUCAUACUGGGGUGCCAGCAGGGCUUGGCUCAGUCUGGCUCGUUCCUGGACCCUGCUGAGCAGCUCUGCGAGGCUUGGAGGUCGAGCAAGGUUUUGGCUGUGCUGUGCCGGGUCGUGCCUGGGGCUGCUAGCAGCAUCUCAGUGCCCGAUCCCACAGCAUCGCUCCUGUUUCCCCGGCCCUGCCUAGAGCAGGCAGCCGGGGCCCCGCGGAGCACACCCGCAGCAGUGGAGGUGAGUGGUGCGGGGACACAUGGGUCCCUCAGGGCAGCCGUGGGGAGCCUGGCCCUGUGCCAGCAGGGAGCACGAGACGGCCCAAUCAUGGACUUUGGAGGGCUUCCUGCUGAGGGACUGCUGAGGACUUUGGCACCCUGGGACAGCGAGUGACUGUGACCGCUCUUCCUCUUGCAGUGCGCGACACCACCGCUGCAGCUCCGGUGAAGGAGAACAACUCGUCAUCCUCAGUUCUCCCAGCCCGCUGCAGCGAGACCAUGGCCGCAGAAGAGGCAUGGACAUGCUCCAUCUGCCGUGAUGUGCGACGGGACAUCGCAUACGCAAUUCCGUGCAAUCACGUGUUCUGCCUCGGCUGCAUCCACCGGUGGGCGAGGCUGAGAGACAGCUGCCCACUGUGCCGGAUGGCCAUGAAGACCACCCGGGUCUCUGUGCGGGGAGAAAACCAAUACGUGGAGUGCAUCGUCUCCCCGCCCGCAGUGCCAGUGCCCGCUGGCUUCGGCCCCGCCACCGGCCCCAGCGGCACUGCAGCAUCUGCUCCACCCUCUGCACCACCGUCCCCUGAGCCAGUGGCCGCGGAGCCGGAGAGAGUGGGCGGCCUCCUGCCAGAUGACUGGGCAGCACUUUUCAGGGUGAGACGUGACAUCCUCGACCCGGUGCUGCCCUGGCUGCAGCAGGAGUUAUGCCGCAACCAGGAGCUCGGCUGGUGGAAGAUCAACUGGCUGAAGAGCAUGAUCCUGGCAUUCCUGUGCCAGGUGGGGCCGGACAGGGACCUCCUGGUGCAGUGCGCAGAGCACGCCCUGGGGCCUACCACCGCACCGCUCAUCGACGCUCUCAUCAGAACCAUCGAGAGCCGGUGCAGCCAGGAGGCCCGGAGGCUGCUGGGCCUCGAAGACCCCAGCGCCUCCCUGGAGCAGGAGGACGGCCCCGAAGACCCCAGCGCUGCCCAGGAGCUGGAGGGCGGCCUCGCGGCCCAGUCCGCUCCCGCCACCUCCCCGCCGGGGACCGUCGCCUCCGGCAGCUCCACGGGUCCCGACGUGGAGGAGCUCCCCAGCACGUCCAGCGGGGCCCUCGGCAGGGGUGCUGGCGAGCCGGGUCCCGAGGCAGCCGGUCCCUCUGAGCAGGGCCGCAGCCGCGGCCCCUCCGCUCGCAGCCGGGGCAGGAAGCGCUCGGCUGGGGGGCCCCGGCGCCCCACAAAGAGGAGGGCCGGCAGCGCCCAGCGCGCUCCUCCGCCCUGCAAGAGGCGGCCCCCCCAGCGCCUCUAGCGGGGCUUACACUCAUUUCCAAUAAAAGAUCCAAAUGCAGAAGCACAUGUUGUUCCUAGCGUCCAUCUUUGGAGAGGGCUCACUCUCCAGGUACACACCCUACACACGCUGUGCCAUACGAGAGCCAGAGCUCUCAGCAGCCGGUGUGGAUGUGCCACCGUUACACCCUUCCCUGCAGAGCCAGGAUCCUCUGAGCGAUGGGUGAAGGCAGCCAAAAUACCGGGGCUGUAAUGCAUUAGACGGGCAUUGGUCAGUGUCGGCCUGGCUCCAGCAUGGAGCAACGGUUCGUAUCUCUCUGGAAUUGCCAGGGUGACAGCAGAGCGAACGGGAAGGAGAGGGAGAGCAAGAGGGAAAGAAGGAG